CAGGUGGCCCGGUCCAGGCGGGGUGCGGCGGCGCAGAAGGAGAGCCUGCUACGCAUGGCCAAGGGCCAGGUGCAGGAGGUGACGCACGAGCAGUUGCUGCAAGCCAAAGCAGAGCUGCAGGAAGCUCGCCAACGUCAGGAGGUCCUGGAAGCUGCCAACGCCAAGCUGCGAGAGGACGUGGCGGCUUUGCGCGUGAGGCUGGCGCCAGAAGCCGACCACACCCAACAACCGGUGGUUGACGAAGGUCGGCAGAUCCGAGCCCAAAGCUCCAGGAUGCCAGCGCAGAUGAGCAGAUUCUGGCUCUGAAGAACGAGCUUUGUCAAAGCAUUCACCCCUUGAUGGCGGGAAUGCUCCGCAAAUCCCUGCAACUCUUUUCACUAGAGCUCUAUUCCGGGCCUGUGCGGGCGUUGUGGGAGCUCCUGCAGAAUGCAGACGACUGCAGUUUUCAGGAUGUGCCCAGGGUCAGAAUUGUCCACGCUUCUAAGUACUUGUGGCUGGAGUACAACGAGGGGGGUUUUUUGCUCGAAGAUGUCCGAGCUCUUUGCAACAUCGGCGCCUCUACGAAACAAUUGGGUCAGACAGGGCAGAAGGGCAUUGGAUUCAAGGCGUCGUUCGUGCUCUCUGCCCGGCCACACGUUUUCUCCAAUCCCUUCCGCUUCUUCUUCGAUGAGGAGGCGUCAUGUCCUUUGCCACAGGUGACACCCCAAGUGAUACCUGCACAUGUGGAGACGCCCCAGCCUCUGCCGCAACAUGGCACUGCAAUUUACCUCCCGCUGCGAAAAGCCUUCCCAGACCUGCUGGACGAAGUGGACCCUACUCUUCUGCUUUUUCUGCGGCAGGUGCGAGCCAUCACAGUUGAGAGGCUUGGGGAUGUGCUCACGUAUGCCCUCCACGGGCCGCCAGAAGGGUUCGUGACCAUAGGAGUCACGACGCGCGGUGUGAAUCACAGCGAGAGCGAGCACAAGUACUUCGUGGCUAAGGCCUCCGAUUUGUCCAUCGCCUUCCCCUUGCAUGGCGCAGCCCCUGCGAGCGCCGCAGUGUCUACCACCUUGCCGCUGUCCCAGCUGGCGGGCCUCCGGACACCUUUGAACGCCCCCUUCGACCUCACUGCCAACCGGGAGGCCUUGAUGGACAGCGAGAGGAAUGCGCGGCUUCGAGAUGCUCUAGCCGAGCUUUGGCUCACCACAGUCGCCCAAAGCACGACCCAAAGCACCGACAGCUUGUCGAUCCGGGCUUGGCUGCUGCAGCCCGGCCUUGAGUUAGCCCAGACAUCCUUCUGGGCACCCUUUGUGCAACGGGUGCGGUCCGGCUUGCGAGAGGUGCCACUCAUCCCAGUCACUCAAACGGAUGGCGCUAAAGGGCUGCUCCCAAUCAAUCGCUGCAGAAAACCGGACUCGCCCUUGUUGGCCGCCUUGCGCCUCACAGCUGCGGACUUGGGGCUGCUUGGCUUGGGCCUUCCCGUGAAGGAGUACAUGCAACACCUGGCGGGCACGGACACCGGCAUGGCAGAGUUCGAUGCCAGCGACCUGAUCCAACUUCUCAGCCUUUCGAAAGACGAUGAUGUGGUGAAGGCAUUGGCCAAGUGCCAGGAUUUGGAUCUGCUGGCGUUGCGCCAAGCCCCUCUCUUCCUACUCGCCGAGUCUAUCGUAUGGACAGCUUGCGGCGAAGAUCACAUCUUCUCCUCAGUGCCGAAGGGCGCUCCGGCGAACUUGCUCCGGGUUUUGGACAAGGCCUCCGCGUGCCCAGCCGACAAAGAGCUGCUGAAACUGCUGGGCUGCGGCAGCAAGGCCACGCACCGAGAUGUUGCCCAUGCAAUUGUGAAGCAGACCUUGGGGCUGACAGAGACAGAGGACCUGGCCUUGCAGUUCCGUGCAAGCCGUGGAGCAUUCCUGACGGCUGACCACCGCUUCUCGUGGACAAACCUGGCAUACUUGGGACGACGCUGGCAGGAGAUCUUGAACAGUUCAUCUGCAGACAGAUGGCUUGCGAACCGGAGCGCGGAGGAGAUGGAAGGCUUGAUGAGAAGUCUGCUGGUGCCUUCCUGCAUGGGCCUUCUGCAUGAGGCCCGGGAGCUGGAAAGCCCCUACCUGCUGGGCUGCAAACCUGGCACCGCAAACUACGACCGGAGCCGUGUGCUCAAGGAGCCGCCUGGCGAAGACGGCAUGAAAGCUCGGCUUUGGUGGGAGUUGGUCUUCCUCCGCUUCGGCGCCCAGGUUUCCAAAGCAGAGACACUGAAGCUGCCCAAAGGCAUCUUCAAGGUGCGAAACAUUGUACAGCAUAUGAACGCGGUGCUGGACGUCUAUGCGGCCCGAGACUUGGGCUCGCUGCGCCGGCGCUGCGAGAUCGAAGACCGCGCCGGCACGACGCGGCAACUCGAGCAGUGCUUUGGGCCCAAGUUCGAGCACUUCCUGGGUCCGGAAGUGGUGGAGGUGGGGAAAUCCGCAGACCUGGCGGCCUUGGCCGAGCGCCUGGGUGUGACUACUGAGCCGUCGGGCCCUAUGGUGCUUUCGCUGCUUAGCCGUGCCGCGCGGGCGGAGACCACGCUGCAAGCGGCCUACCGCUUCGCGGCGGAGGUGUGGCACGAAGACCCGGACUGCAUGACCAGCGCCAUUGCGCACACCCAGGAGACCGGUAUUUGGAUCUUGGAGGCGACUCUUCCAGCCCGCUGCCCCAGCUCCCGCGCCUUCGCGGCGAGGAGCCCACCGAGGGGGAGGGAGAAGAUGGCAAAGGCCGGGACCGGGCCUUCGCAAUCCCUUCCCUGCCGCUGGUGA